AUGCCGCUCGCUCAGUCCAAGAACACAGUCGGUCUCGGAAGAGCCAUUCUCAACCGCAAAGCAAAGGAAGCAAAGCAGCGUAACCAGACCGAAUUCCACACCACCGACAUUAACAACUACGGUUCCGUCUCCAACCUACGAUCAGUCACACACGAGGGAGAUCUGGAAGAGUUCCUAAACACUGCCUCGCUAGCCGACGCUGAUUUCACCGCCGAACGACGAAGCGGUAUUACUGUCAUUACGGCUCCCAACCGAGAACGAACCCGUCACAACCCAUACUUGCUUACAGGACAGGAGGAGCAGGAGGUGCUCAAAAAGCAUGUUCAGAACAAGGAACGUUUGCGUGUGCCUCGUCGACCGGAGUGGGACAGCACUACCACACGCGCGCAGCUCGAGAGGGCCGAAAAGGAUGGUUUCUUAGAGUGGAGGAGAGGCCUUGCAGAGCUUCAGGAGGGUGUCGGUCUCGUUUUGACACCGUUCGAGAGGAACUUGGAGGUUUGGCGUCAGCUUUGGCGUGUUAUCGAGCGCAGCCAUCUCGUUGUACAAAUCGUCGAUGCGAGGAAUCCGCUUCGUUUCCGAUGUGAGGAUCUCGAAAAGUACGUUGCCAGUCUUGGCAUUGGCUCGACAAACGGCAUGGAGUACCUUGGUGAGGAAUCAGAACAAAAGGGACCCAGGAGAAACUUGCUACUUAUCAACAAGGCUGAUCUGCUAGAUGACCAGCAGAGAAGGUACUGGGCUGACUACUUUGAUGCUCAGGGCAUUCAGUACGCUUUCUUCAGUGCUGCUAACGCUGCUGCUAUUCAGCUUGCCCGAGCGGAGGAGGAGGAGCGACUGCGUCUUGAACAACUCAAACUCUCCGAGUCCCGCAACGAAGAUGACGAGGAGGAAGAUGACGAAAACGAGGAGCACGCUCGUGCUGCUGCCUCUGCUGCUGUCAGCGAAGGUGCAAAGGACGCAAAGCCACUUGUCGGUCAAGAAGCCACUGAUCGUGUGAACGACCACUCUCAUGCCACCGUCCGCGACAAUCUCGUUGCAGAAAAGAAGUAUGGUCAAGAUGACGCUGUCAAUGCUGCCACCGCUACUGCCGCUACCACUCUCUCUGCCACUCGCGACCCAACACGCGUGCUCAACGUUCUCGAACUCGAAGAGCUUUUCAUGGCCUGUGCUCCUCCUCUAGACGACUUUGCCAUCGAUGGUCAGCCUGCUCCCUCCAAACUCGUCGUUGGUCUUGUCGGCUACCCUAACGUCGGUAAAUCGUCCACCAUCAACGCUCUGCUCGGUGAAAAGAAGGUCUCGGUUUCCUCCACUCCUGGUAAGACCAAGCAUUUCCAAACCAUCCAUCUCUCGCCCACCACCGUCCUGUGCGAUUGUCCAGGUCUCGUCUUCCCGCAAUUCGCUACGACGUCAGCCGAAUUGGUCUGCGACGGUGUGCUGCCCAUCGAUCAGAUGCGCGAGUACACCGCUCCUGCCGAGUUGGUUGCCAAGCGCAUUCCCAAAGACAUUGUCGAGGGAACAUAUGGUAUUCGUAUCGAGACACUGACAGAGGAAGAGGGAGGAAAUGGUAUCCCCACAGGUCUGGAGAUGCUCACAGCCUACGCCGUAGCACGAGGAUUCACCCGUCAAGGUCAAGGUAACCCAGACGAGUCCCGUGCCGUUCGAUAUGUUCUCAAAGACUACGUUAACGCCAAGCUCCUCUACGGUCACCCGCCACCGGGAAUCGAUCCGGACCUCUACAACUCUGCUCAACGAGAACGAGCACGUGCAGCUCUUGCCGGACGCAAAUAUGACCCCUCUACAGCUCAUCACCUCGCAGAACACGAUGCGGACGAUCUCGACGAUCUUGAUACAGACAUUCAAGCCGAACUUGCAGAGCAAACAAGACGCAAAGCUUCGGGUGUGCCGCGUCAGUCAGCGAAAUCGAAAGCGAUCGAUUCGGCUUUCUUUGAUACUAUGGCUUCGUCCAAGCCGACCAUUGUGGGUAGGACGGGUCUGCCCCAGGCUGCUAUUCAGGGUAGGGUUGCAAACGAUGGGACUGUGAUCAAGAAUUCUGCGGCGAGUGCGACGGGCGAGGGGAAGGCAGGGAGCAAGAAACACAAUAAGGCGAAUAAGAGGAAGAAGCAGAGAUCUGGUGCUGGGUUUGAUUGA